AUGUCCGUCUUUAAGCGCCCACAUUUGCGGGCAUGUGAGGAUUACGCAGACAUUUCUGUUGAACUAUCAUCUCUACGCCAACUACAGAGUUACGCUGAUUUUGAACAGCUCGUGCGAAAAGAAUUAGAGGAAGUAUACGGUGCUGCGCCUGCACAGUUCCGUGACUCCAUCGCGUACAGCACACGUGAAUUCCCAGAAGAUUUCUCCGCCUUCUUUACAGAACAUCAACUGCAGAUGCUGCAGAAAUAUGAUGCCUCUGUGGAAAAGGCACAAGAGUUGAGUAGGGCCUAUCAAGCGGCAGAAGAAGAGCAUCAACGCACCCUGGAAGAGGGAAAAGACCGCAAACUUACACAAAAGAGAUUAAGAGAACAGGAAAAGGCAGAAAAGCUCUUAAGGGCAAUGAAUCGUGAAGUCCUUCAGGCAGAAUAUGAUGUGGCUGUACUUGAACAAAAGCUGCGAAAUGUAUUUGCCAUUGGGACUAUCCGUGUCCCAUUAGGAUGA